CGCUGUGCCGCUCCCCUGUCAUUUCCUCCCAACUCCUCCAAUAAAACCCAGGAUACAAUAUAAUCUUCCUCAUCCACCCACUUCAUUCUCAAACUCCGGUCCCUACAAACUAAAGAAACAGCCAGCCCUCUCCCAUCUUUUUCUUCAUCAAGGAUCCAAUCAUGGCGGGGAAACAAGGCCCCGACUGCUGCUGCGGCCUCCUCAAACUCCUCUUUGAAAUCAUCCUCGCGGUCCUCAUCUCCAUCGGCAUCGCCGCCCUCAUCUUCUGGCUCAUCUUCCGCCCCGUCAACCUGGUCAAGUUCCAUGUAACCGAGGCCGAGCUGACCCGGUUCAAUCUCACCACCAACAAAUCCGUCCUCAACUACAACCUCAAGCUCAACCUCACUAUCCGGAACCCCAACAAGAAAAUCGGCGUGUACUACGACCGUCUUGAGGCGAGGGCCUUCUACGAUGACCAGAGGCUCAGCGUCGCCGACGUGGCUCCUUUCUAUCAGGGCCACAAGAAUACAAGCGUGGUUAGUCCGGCGUUCGCAGGCCAGAAAGUGGUGGGGUCGGAGCUCUCCAGUUUCAACAAGGAAAAGGCCGCCGGUGUUUUCGAUAUCAAGGUGAAGUUGUAUUUGAGAGUGAGGUUCAAACUAGGGUCAUUGAAGACUUUCAGGUUCAAGCCCAAAGUUAAGUGUGACCUGAAUGUUCCUUCGAGCUCCAAGAAUGGCGGAUCCUCUGCUAAUUUUCAGACUACCAAGUGCGACAUCGAUUGGAACAUCUUCUAAGUUACGUGUCGGAUUUUUGUGAUUUUGAGGAUUGCGAUUAUGUUUCUUUUUGGUCUUUCAAUUCAGCGUGUACUUUAUUGUUUUCGGAUGCAUGUAUCCGUGACAAGACAUGCCCUAUGGAUCUUGCUUUUGUGUGUGCAUAUUUCCACUUCGUGGUGCUUCUUAUUUGGCUCAUUUUCUUGUCUAUAGUAUGAAUAAGAGAUUCACAAGAAUUGCCUCUUC